AUGGGUUAUUUUGUGAUUCGGGUUCCGGGUUCAUGGUGGCAGGAUUGGGUGACUGUAGCACUUAGUGUUUUAUAUGGCAAAUUUUCUCUUCCAGCGAUCAAGAUUUUACGAAUAUUUGGGGGAGGAGGAAAUUCUUCAACCUCUUACAUGUAUUCGUUAAUGCAGUCACUUUGUUGUUGUACUGGAGAAGGCAGUGAUGAUGAAGGACCGCUGAUAAGUGAUACCGAUGGUGGCCAUUUCAGAAUAGCUGCACCUUGUGAUUCAACUAAUCGUUUCUGGGUGAACGAUGCGGAAGAGCACAUGACCACUUCCAAUGGUCCUGGCAGUUUUCGGCAAGGCAACGAUGAAGAUGAAUUAUUAAAUCAAAUUCUAGAAACUGCGCAGCAAAAUAUAAUAGAUGUUGCUAAUAUGGACGGUACCACAACGCCCUAUAAAGAAGAUUUAUCGAAAGCCCAAAGAUAUAGUGAUGCAAUCAGGCAACAUGAUUUACGAGUUCGAAAGCGUGCCCUUAAUACGACUGCAGAAAAUGAUUUGUGUCUCUUAUAUGAUGUUGGACAACGAGUGAUCGAAGUACUGCAACAACCAACGCCAACUUUCAUUAUGCAUUCUGAUUUGCGAGAUUUUGCUGGAAGUAUGUCCUCUGCAAUGGUAAAUGGUAUACAAAUUGAACAUAAACAGGAUAUCCUCAUUCACAUGACUUUUUCAGAUGAAUAA